AUGUCAGGGCCUGAAUGCUGCGAGAACCCACCCAAUUUGAGCGCAAGUAGGGGACAGCGAGGAGGGUCUGUAUUAGAAGUUGGAGGGUUCAAGACAUACGUAUGUGGUCCUUCCAAUUCCAAACACGCCAUCCUCCUUGUCUCUGACGUUUUUGGUUAUGAAGCCCCAAAUCUGAGGAAGCUUGCUGACAAAGUUGCAGCUGAAGGAUACUAUGUGGUGGUUCCUGAUUUUCUUUAUGGUGAUCCUUAUAGUCCUGAAAAUACGGAGAAGCCUUUAUCAAUCUGGAUACAAUCACAUGGAACAGAUAAAGGAUUUGAAGAUGCAAAACAGGUUGUUGCAGCUCUAAAAGAUAAAGGUAUAUCUGCAAUUGGAGCUGCAGGGUUUUGCUGGGGUGCAAAGGUGGUUACUGACCUAGCUAAGUCUGAUUACAUUCAAGCUGCAGCGCUAUUGCACCCAUCAUUAGUCAAGGUUGAUGAUUUCAAAGAGGUGAAGGCACCAAUAGCUAUUUUAGCUGCUGAGAUAGAUAAAAUCUCUCCUCCGGAGCUUAUUAAGCAGUUUGAAGAGAUUUUAUCAUCAAGAUCUGAGGUGGACAGCUUUGUCAAAAUAUUUCCUAGUGUUAAGCAUGGGUGGACAGUGAGAUACAAUGUUGAAGACAAAGAGGCUGUGCUGCGUGCUGAAGAAGCCCACUGCGACAUGUUGGAUUGGCUUACCAAGCAUGUCAAGUACAGUCAGAAGGGAAGUGAAUUUAGCAGUGUCCGAGGUGCCUGUUCCUCUAUGUGACUUGACUAUUACUUAGAUGACACAAGCAAACAACUACAACGAAUUUGCAGUAUGCUUCAUCAGUAACUCCAUACAAUGUCAGUGUAGUGACUCUACUUUAGAGUUAUGUUCGCUCCAUAAACGAGACAUAAGAUGUCCGGUUUAAAUCUGUUCAGGACCAUGUGUAUGAUCGCCAAGU